AUGGCUUCCUUGCAUUUUAAGAGCAACGAAACUUUCUAUUAUUCCAAUAUAUCAAACAUGAAAGACGAUGAUCAGAAGGACUCAAUAAAAAGGGAAGACAUAUGUGAAGAGGAUCUUCCCUCUGAAAAAAAGGAAAAAGAAGACAUAUACUCACAUACGCAUGUAUGGUAUUUUUAUAAUAAUAUAUACAAAAAAAUGGAGAUUUCUAAAUUUAACAAAUCGGAAAAUUCGUACAACCUUAAACGUAAAGGAAAAACCCUCGAAAACGUAGCAGCAGAUAAAGUGGUUAGAUGCCUGAGGGAGGACAUAGAAAUAGACAGUGAAAAUAACAUAGAUAUAAUAUUGCUGAACGAGCAAAAUGUUUUGGUUAACUUAAAAAAUAGAUACAAAAAAAAUAAAAUAUAUACAUUUCAUGCUUCAUUACUGUUAGCUAUCAAUCCAUAUAAACAAAUCAAAGGACUGUAUGACACUGAACAGAUGAAUAUAUAUUUAAAUAAAUUCAAAAAUAACAAUAUAAAUAGUAUUAAAAAAGAUUAUAAUGCCCAUAUUUAUGAUAUUAGUAAUAUGGCAUAUAGAAAUAUGGUAUUAAAAAAGAAAAGACAAACUAUUGUUGUUUCAGGGCAUAGUGGUAGUGGAAAAACGGAAAAUUGCAAAUUUCUUUUCAAGUAUUUCCACUACAUCUUUUUCCACAGAUAUAGAAAUGAUAAGAAGCAGAUAUACAAAAGUAUGAGCUCUUACAUGCAUGACAGUUCUGAGGAGGAGGAAGUAGGGGCGGACGUGGAAGCAGAAGCGAAUGGCGAAGGAAAUGCCAAUGUAAAUGCCAAAGUGAAUAUCAAAUUGAAUAGCAGAGUGAAGGACGUAGAGAGGGAAAAGAGAAGGGGUGCUACGGAUAGUAUUGUAGGAAGCUACAAAAGAACAGUGAAUGAAACUGAUGCAAGGGCAGCAAGUAAUGAGGAGAAAGAGGAGGUCGAGGAAAAAAAUAUCAUAACAAAAAAGAGUGAAACAUCUGCCAUCGAUGAAUAUACAAAUUAUGAUCGAAUUGAUAAACUUAUUUACAUUAACAAUAUAAUAGAAUCGAUGAGCAAUGCAAAAACUAUAAAAAACAAUAACAGUAGUAGAUGUGGAAGAAUUAAUGACUUAAUAUUUGAAAAAAAAAAUAGUGAUAAUUAUACGUUAUUUAAUUAUUGCUUUUCUAAUAUCAAAAUAUUAAUACUAUUAUUAGAAAUUAAUAGAUGUAUUACUCAUAAUAAUGGAGAAAGGAAUUUCCACGUUUUUUAUCAAGCCAUUUGGGGUUUAUCUGACACGCAGUUGAAAGAAAGGAAUUUGAUCAGAGAUAUUUAUUAUUAUAAUAUCUUAAAUAAUGAUGCAUGUAAAGGAGAAAGUAGGGAAAAAAGAAAAAAUAAAAUAAUUAAAAGAAACAAAAUGGUAAACGGGGAUAGAAGCAUAGAAGAAGGGAGUAACUACGUAGAAAUGGAACGACAGAAUGACGAAAGGGAACGACAGAAGGACGAAAAGAAUUUCGAGUAUUUAGUACAAGGACUCCGUUAUAUAAAGUAUGAUGAUGACAAGAUUAACCAGUUUUAUGAUAUCAUAGCGGGAUUAAUACACUUGGGGGAGAUAGACCCGAGUGAGGAAGAUCCACACAAGGAGCAGGAUAAGGAGCAACAGGAAGACCUGGAGCGUGUACCUUGGGGGGAAGGCUACAGGAAUGCAUGCAUGUGCCUGCAAAUAAACCAAAGUGACCUCGAAAACACGAUCAAUUACAAGAAUAUAAGCGUUUCGUGUGAAAAUAUAAAAAUGCGUCGAAAUAAGGAAAACGCAGUUUCCACUUUACACACAUUAAUAAAAGUAAUAUAUAAAAAAUUAUUUAAUAGACUAAUAAAUGAUAUAAAUAUGACAAAUUUAAGUAAAAAAGAGAAAGAAUUGAUAACAAAUCAAGGGAUAUAUGAAACUAAUAAUAAUGUUAUAUCUAUACUAGAUCUGUACGGGUUUGAAGAAUUAGCUUUCAAUGACUUAGAACAAUUAUGUAUCAAUCUAGCUAAUGAAAAAUUAAAUAAUUAUUACAUUAACAAUGAAAUUGAAAAGGAAAAAAUUAUUUACAAGUCAGAAAAUAUUUUGUGGAAUGAUAUAGAUGUACCUAGUUAUAAAGAUACCAUUUUUUUUAUUGAAAAGCUAUUUAGAAAUUUGGAUGACAUAACCAAGUUAAAUACUAGUGGUCAGAAAAAAGUAGAUGAUGAUUUAUUUAUCUACUUGUUAAAUAAUGAAAAAAAUUAUAUUCAAAAGGAUAUAUAUGGUUUUAUAAGUAAUAAAGACAAUAUGUAUACAAGCAAAAAACAAAACAUCAAGACAAAUACAUUUUUCAUCAAACAUUAUGCUGGUCAUAUAACGUAUACUAUUAAAAAUUGGGUGUACAAAAACAGUGAUAGAGUUGAGCCAGAAAUAGAGUAUAUAAUUAAAAAUUCAAAGAAUAUAUUUCUUAGGAUGGGAUCAAAUGAACAUAAUGAAACAAUGGAGGUAAAAUUAAAUUGUAUACAAGAUCAUGAGUUGCAACAGGUAGAAGAAAAAAUUAAAGACACAAAAGGAUAUGAUAAAAAAUUAACUCAUAAUAGUAAAGGAGUAAGUGAAAAUAGAAUAUCCGAGCAAAUGAAUCAUAUCACAUGCGAAGAUUUAGAAGCAAAGAUGACAAUGACGAAAAAUGCAGGAGAUUUGAACAGCGAAAAGAUAGAGAAUCAGGCAUAUGAUAUAUCGUCUUCCAUGAAUAAAAACAAGUUAGCAUGUGAAAAAGCGUGUGGUGCAAAGGGAAACAGAGCCGAGAGCAGUGAUAUAGGCAAAAGGGGUGAUAGUAGCAACAUUGGAAACACGAUUACAACUAAAUCAGAAAUUAAAAUAAACAAAUUAAAGGAUAAUAAAUUUAUACAAGACCAAAUUAGCAAUUUGAAAAAAGGGAUGAACAAAAAUGGUGCAAAGGGGGAAAUAAUUCUGAACAGGCAAGGACAAAAAAUGGGUGACCCUACUUCAACCAUCAGUCGAAAUAUCAGCGAGUUUGACAAGAGUGAGCGAAAUAUAAAAGAAGGCAAUAAUGGGAAAAUGGAUAAACAUGGCAAGAACAAAAAGACCAACUUGCUGAGUGUCAGCAGGAAGUAUAUGAAGGAGCUCGAUAACCUCUUUGCCAAUUUAGAAAAGACAGAUAUGUAUUAUGUUAGAUGCAUGUUGCCUAAUGAGCAUAUGCAGAAGGACUGCUUUAAAAGAAGUUUAGUAUAUGCUCAGUUGAAGCAGAGUGGAGUAAAUGAAAUGGUCAAGAUAAUAAAUAAAGGAUUAUCACAUAAAAUAUUAAAAGAAGAAUUGUUAGAAAAAUGUAAACAUAAUAUACCUAUAGAAUUACAAUAUUGUAGUAAGGAUGAUAUAAUUUAUUAUUUUAUGAGAUUAUUCAAUGAACAUAAAUAUUUUAAAAUAGGUAGAAAUUAUGUAUUUAUGAAAUCGCAUAUGUAUACACAGAUAAACUACUACUUAUAUGAUAACACAUCCUUUUUGUUUUCUAAUGAUAGUGGAGAUCAUAUAUUAUUUGAAAAAAAGAAAAAAGAAAUAUUUAAGGAUAUAAGAAGUUUACGGUUUAAAAGAUGUAUAACAGUAGUAAAAAUCUUUUGUUGGUUGAACAGGUAUUAUAUUCCUUAUAUUCAAAGGAAAAAAGAAAUGAAAAUAAAACUAUGUAAUUAUAUGUAUAAAAUAUACUUAAUUUAUAAAACUAUUAGCAAUAUAAGGAACACGUUACCCUAUAACAUCAAGAGGAUGAAUAAAAUUCUAUGCAUUAAAGCAUAUCAUGUUGCUUUUAAAAAAAUAAAAUUUGCAAAAAAUAGGAAAAAGAUGGUGCUCUUGAGUAAGGUGAAUAGAAUGGAAAAGUCCCUGGAAGAUGGGGAGGAGGAAAAAAAAAAAAAUUUUAAACUAGAACUGCCUGCAGCGGAUGAGGGGAAAGUGGGAAAGGAGUUAGAUAUAGGAGAGAAGUUAGAAACUGGGGAAAAAGAUGAAUUUACAGGAGGAAAGGAAGAAAAACGACAUGUUUUACGUGAAAAGGAAAAAAAGGAUGUACAUACAUCAUCACAUUGUACAACCUGCAAAUGGAUGGGACUAAAUAAUGCGGGGGCAGAGAUAUUCGUAUGUACCCCUGAUAAUUAUCAUUACGUUUACAAUAACUUAGAUUGGGUGGUUAUCUAUAUUGAUAAGCGGGUGCAUUUUUACAAUAUUCUAUAUAGUUAUCAAAGAGUGGAUAAAAAAUAUAUUCUAAAUUUUGAUUCCAUUGUAAUAAAGAAGUUGAGCUGUGAAGAAAAUGAAUGGUUAAUUGGUGAUAACCAGAAUUGUAGUGAUAUCGAACGGGAAGGGGGCGAAGAUAAAUAUUUCGGAGCAAAUGAAGAACGAGGAGAAGAUCAAAGUGCAUCACUUGUAGCAAGGAGAGAAGAACAUAGUGAUAAAACCAUCUUGAAAGAGCAAAAUAAGAUGAGUACGAUUCAUAGUUAUCUGUCGAAAAGGUUUUGUUGCAUUAGUCAGCAUCAUUUGUACAAAAAUAUUUUUAUUGGAAUUGACGAAAAAUUAAAUGUAGUUAUGUUUACAUAUCCUAAUUUAAAAACUAUUAAAAAUUUUAUGAAAAAAAAAAUAAAAUCCAUAAAACAAAACUCUGAUAAUUUGCCUAUUACCUAUUUACCUCAGUUAUGCAGAAGGAGGAAGUACAGCCGUAAUAUGAAGCAUGGAACACGUGCUAGGGAGAACCCAAUGGUAAGAGAGGCAUCACGCGGGUUAUCGGAGUGCAGGAUAGUGAAUCGCGAAGAAGAUAUGGAAAAAGGGCAUCCACUUGACCUUUUCAGUAGUGAAAAUUUAAAUAUGUUCAUGCAUAUGUAUAAGAAUAUUUACGUUCUCAGUACUAUCGAAAGUGCUUUGACAAAAGGGCAGGAGAUAGAAGUGGGGAUAGAAAUGGAAUUAGAAGCAGGACAAGAUGCGGGAAAAGAAACGACAGUACAAAUCAGUCGCGGGGGACUUGAUGUGGAGCACGAGAAGUUAGGGAUAACCAAGUUGAAAACAGGGGUACGUAAAAUGAGUAAUAGGGGAGGCAAAGAGGAGUAUACACAUAAAAAUCAAACAAAGAGAAGUAAAGGAGAGGGGGGAAAAGAAAGAAAUAACACCAGGAGUUGUACCUUCCUCAAAGAAAUAAAGAAAGAGGAAUACAUAUCGAAUGAAUAUUACUCCAAUGAAUCUUUUAAAAUAUUAAAGAUAUGUUUUUUACCAAGUAGUAUAUGCUAUUUUGUGUAUAUAGCCUAUACAAUGCUAAAUGAAAAUCAUUGUUUAAUCUUAAGCAUAGUUAAUUUAUUUUCGAAACCUAUUUAUAAAUAUAGUAUACAUAUAUGCAUUAAUGACAUAAUUAAUAAUGAAAAAUUUUCAAAUUAUUUUAUCAAAAAUUAUAAUGACGUACAUUAUUAUAAUAACGAAAUGAGAAGAUCAUCUCCUAUGGAUGAAAAAGGUAGAAGUAAUAACAGAAUGAAUGAUGAGGAAAUUAUGGACAAAUAUUUAAGUACUUUGAAAAUUUCCAUAAUUAAUAAUUCGCAUGUACUUAUAUAUGGUUGUUGUAUACUAAGUUUGGCUGAAAUAAAAAAUUAUGACUUGUUCAGCUCAAAUCCAUAUGUUAAGGAAUAUGAAUAUAAAUAUUUAAAGCUCUUAUUUAAUUUGUACUCUUUCGAGUACUUUAAUAAUAUAUGUGACUCACAUAUGAAUAAAUUAUCCUACGAGUUAAAGCAUACUUUAAUUGUUAACGAUCUAUUUAAAAAUGGCACACAGAGAAAGAAAAGGAGCAAUGAUAGGAGCAAUUUAAUUUUCCUGAACAAAUCAGAAAAAAAUUGCGACACGUCCACGUCAAAUUUGAGAGAAAAAAAAAAAAAUCAUUUAGCUACAUAUAGCAAAGCUAGUCAUGAAUGCACUUUUUAUAUAUUUUCCUUAUUCAAUGAAAUUUAUUUAUUAACAAAUAAAGGAGAGAAAAAUAUGUCUGACGUGUUAUUUCAUUAUGAUCAUUGGACUAUUAAGAAGAUAAAGAGGAGAAUAGAUACUCCUAGCCCAAGGCAUUGUACUUUUCAAGCAGUAAUGAAUAUGAAUAUUAAUUAUUAUUAUAAUAAGGAUUACUAUAAAAGUGCUGUAGCCUUGGGUCCAUCCAUUCAAGGAACAAUUCAGAGAUAUCCGCUGUUCAACGAAAGCAGUGAAGAUAAUGAACUAAGAGAGGGCAAUGUAUUAAGGGAGGACAGUGAACCAAGAGAAGAAAGUGAACCAAGAGAGGAAAGUGAACCAAGAGAAGAAAGUGAACCAAGAGAAGACCGUGAACCAAGAGAAGACCGUGAACCAAGAGAAGACAGUGAACCAAGAGAAGAAAGUGAACCAAGAGAAGAAAGUGAACCAAGAGAAGAAAGUGAACCAAGAGAAGAAAGUGAACCAAGAAAGUGUAUCAAUCGCAAUGAUCGUAGAGAUUAUGACAAAUACAGGCGCAUCAUCAUAUACAAUUUCAACGAAUGCGACAAACACAACAACAACAUGCGCACACGAGCACAUGACUAUAAGUGGACAUUCCCAGAUAUAUGCAUAUUGAAGGAAAUUAAAUGCAGCACCAAAGGAAGUAGUAGACAAGACGGGCUUUUUUAUUACAAUUUUAAAACUCUCCAGUACCUAACCCUGUGCAAUCAGAAGGAUAAAGAAUUUGCCGUUUUCGAGGAUCGGGUAAACAAACCUUAUAGCAUUUUGGCAUGUACGCCUUUGAACCACUUGGACACGAUCCUUUUGUUGAACUUUUCCAAUGAACGAAAUGUCUAUGCCCUCGAAUUUAUGAACAUUGUAAACAAGAAGGGGAAAAUAAUUCCCAUAGAAAAAUGA